CAUCCUUCUCAAACACACUCGUCGUAAAACCACGACAAUCAUUCCUUGCGACUAUUCCUAUCUUCCUCUUACCGUCUCUCUGAUGGCUUCGUCUUUCACUCUCAUUCUCAUGGUCGCGGCGAUGUUAGUCUUCUCCGCCGUUGCACAAUCUCCGGCGUCGUCUCCAAAUGCCGCUGCUACUUCACCAGCUGUUUCUCCGUCCAAGUCUCCGCUCACUGUUUCUCCGUCACCGGACUCCGCCGUGAGCUCUCCGCCAUCUCCUUCUCCAUCGUCUGCGUCCUCUCCCUCCUCUUCCGUCCCUCCAUCGUCGAUCUCUGCUCCUCCGUCCGAGGCUCCUUCACCUUCUGAGAAUGCCGCUGUCUCGUAUGGUUUUUCUGCCGCAGGAUCUGUGGUAGUUGUUUUCGUCGCUGCUUUAUUGGUCAUAUGAAAGGCUUAUAUAGGAAAAGUAUUGUCUUUGAUUUAGAGUCUGUUAUAGCUAUAAUUAUUAUUUCGUUUGGGUUGUUGUGAAAAUAACCAGAUGUAUUGUUUAGUCUUUUGUUAUUACUUGUGAGAUAUUUGUGAUUAUGUCUUCAUUGUUGUAACACUAGGAAGCUCUUGCUCCUUAUUCUUGUUCCGUAGUUUGAUCGAACAUUCUUACGUUGUUGCUCUCA